GGCAAAGGAACGACGAACACACGGCGGCCGGCGCCUCGACUGCAAGUUUGCCAUACAUGACAGCUCGCAGCUGACAUCUCGGUAAAGCGCAAAGCGCUCGUCAGCAUGAACAGCUCCCUCCUUGCAACGACAUCGUCAGAUGGACCGGCAGCUGACGAAACUGACUUGCCCCUCCAAAGAGCAAAGACGCUUGUCAUCAUGGGGCCUCGGUCGUCAGGAAAGACAUCUAUCGUGGCUACCGUCCUCGACCAAUCCGAGCCAUCCGACACGCUGUACAUAGAGAGCACGACCCGUCCUACGCUCAACGAGUUCACCGUGUUCACAAAGUUCAACAUAUGGGAUUAUCCUGGGAAUACGUACGACUUGGAACUCGCUGCUCUGUCGCAUGAAGAUGUGCACGGCGUCAUCUAUGUCGUCGACGGCCAAGCAUUCCAAGCCGAUACAUCUGAUGUUGCACAUAAGAUCGCGCUCAGCGUCUGCAAGAUAUGGGAGCGAAAUACAAACUGCCUCUUCAGCGUCUUUGUACACAAGACAGAUGGCUUCAGUUUCGAAUAUCAGAAGGAGAUCCUCGAGGAAAUCCAAUUUCGCUUCGAUGACGAGCUCUUUGAUCUUUUACCGGCGAAUGCAGGCAUCGCUCGACCAUCGCCUGCAUUCUACCUGACUAGCAUCUACGGUCCAACGAUCAAUGUGGCAAUGAGCAAAGUCUUACAGAGUCUCAUGCCUGCGCAAGCGACGCUUGAGAAGCUCGCAGAUCUCAUGAACAUCCAAUGCUCGUUCGAAAAGGUGUUCCUCUUCCAUCUGCCCACUCGGUUGUACUUCACAACGGACUCGAGUCCCUUUGACAAGGAAACGCACGAGAUCUGUUCGGAUUACAUCGACCUCGUCAUGGAUAUCGGCGGCCUAUACAAGCCACAUGAGCGCUCGAAGCAAUCACAGCCUGGCUCUCGUGAUGCUUCGCCUGCACGGAUAAAGACGAUGCAAAAGGCCAAUGGUACAGUGCAGCCGAGAUCAUAUCAGUAUUCCCGUGUCAAAGUGGCAAGCGGCAAGACGUUGGCUCUAUGGGGCAUAGACGAGAAUCUGGCGCUGAUUGCCAUCAUCUCACCCAACGUGCUCGAGCGGCCAAACCAGUUCCCGCUCGUCGAAUACAAUGUGGGCUGCUUCAGAGAGGCUGUCCAACAGAUCAAAACCCUCGAGAAGACCGCUCAUCUGCACGAAAGCGUCUCUUGAGCACAGCCAACAAGCAUGAUUUGCACAUUAGGUGUUGUACAGUGUAAAGAGUGACAGUCUAAG